GUAGUGAAAUUAGUACGCAUGUUAUUACAUUAGAUAUUUAAGGAAGAAAUAUGUAUAACUAUUACUAUUGUUACUUGGAUGGAAGUGAUAAUAUAACAAAUAUAACAUAUUUUUUUUAUAAACGUUUGUUAAUACAAGUUUAAAGUAUAAAUUGAUUUUGUGCACGUGUUAUAUUAAUACUUAAAUGUAUUUACACAAAAAGUGCAAUUAUAAAAAUCUACUUACAUUCGUCUGUGUUCAGCAGAACACAACUGUGUUUACGCUUAUAUUUUUUUUUUGAAGAUUUACGAUAAAUUUAUAAGAAUCGAAUAAAAAAGUUUGUAAAAGCAGCGGUUGCAUUCUUUCUGCUGAGCGUGUCUAUACAAUGUUGGCGACACUGCGAUCAUCUGCGUUGCUUUCUAACCUCUCAAACACGUGGAUGCUCAGAGAGCCGAUUUAGGUUAGGUUGGUUUGAGAGUGUCACAAUCUCGUGCGCGUAUUAUUUACAAUUGUUAUUUCAACAAGAAACGCGAUGGGCAAAAUAAAAGACAAAAACUUACGAAAGAAUCCUUUGUAUCGGCCGAAAGAGAAUGACGAGGAUGAGAAAGAUUCGCCUAGUACGUCGGCGAAUAAGAAUUCAGAAGUUCUGUUUCCUUCGGAGACAAAUUUCAAUCACAUCAAAUGCAAAGCCGUGAGGCUUCAGAAGACUCAGGAGUUGUUGAAGGAGAAAGCGAAGGAGAAGAAGGAAGCUAGGAAGACGAGGAAAAAAGAAGGUGGUCCGAAGCAGGUGCCGCACACUAUAGAAAGCCUGCGCGAGAAGGAUGAGACGACGAUAGUCGGCGACCUGGACGACGAGGAGAACAAGGAGCUCAAGAUCGAGUGCGAGCACGACGAGUUCGCCGCUUAUUACAACAAAACUUACGAGCCCAAAGUUCUCAUCACGUACGCCGACAAUCCGAAUAGAAAAACAAGAAUUUUUGGCAGAGAACUCACCAGGAUAAUACCCAAUUCUAUCUCGCUGUAUAGAAAUCGCUCGGGAGUUAAGAAGAUGGUCAAAAGUGCGACCGCCAAGAACUUCACGGAUAUAAUAGUCAUUAAUGAGGAUCAAUGCAAGCCGAAUGGAAUGUUGAUUAUUCACUUACCUGAAGGUCCUACUGCCUAUUUCAAGUUAAGUAACGUCAAAAUAACACCGGAAUUAAAGCGCAGCCAUAAAGAAUUCACGGAACACAGACCGGAAGUUAUUCUAAAUAACUUCACCACACGUCUAGGAUUCACUGUCGGCAGAAUGUUGGGAGCAUUGUUUCAUUAUCAACCAGAAUUUAAAGGAAAAAGAGUUGUGACAUUCCACAAUCAGAGAGAUUACAUAUUUUUCAGGCAUCACAGAUACGAUUUUGAUCAAACAAAGACGAUAAGAGCAAAAUUGCGAGAAUUAGGUCCUCGAUUCACUCUGAGAUUGAAAUCGUUGCAACAUGGAACGUUCGACAGUAAAUACGGUGACUACGAAUGGAUAAUACAAGGUCGCAGACAUGACAUGGAAACAAGCAGAAGAAAGUUUUUCUUGUAGGCCAAAUAAUUUAAGCACUUUGUUUGAAAAUGUCGAUUACAUAAACAAGCAAAUAAACUACAUUUGUACACAUUACAUUUUCGAAAAUAUACGCGUUUAUCAAAAAAAUCUUUAAUUUCUCAAAAUCCCAA